UUCACUCAUUUUCAUAUUCCAGAACCAAGCCCCAACUCUACUCCUUCUCCUACAUAUAACCACAAAUAUGAAGCUACUCAGGGUUUUCUUGAUUCUUGUUCUUGUACUGGCUCUAGUCUUUACUGUUGUUGCAUCACCACUUGGACAAGAACAAGGACAUGAUCAAGAACAAGAAGACAUCCAUUACGACUUGUCUGAACAAUCUUAUGAUGAAGCAAACGAAUUUAGUUCUAAACAUAGAUUUGGCCGCUUGCUUGCUCAAAGGAAAUUAAAAGACAAUUGUGUAACAUGUAACAAGUUUCCUUGGAUUUGUAAUGUCAAGGGAAGUCCAGGGCCUUAUUGCUGCAACAACAGUUGUGUAAAUGUCUUAACUGACCGGCUUAGCUGUGGAGCCUGUGGAAAGAAGUGCAAAUACAAUCAAACUUGUUGUAAUGGCAAAUGUAUCAACCCAACCUUGGACAAGAGGCAUUGUGGAGGUUGCAACCGUAGGUGCAACAAUGGAGAAUUUUGUGCUUUUGGACUCUGCAAUUAUGCAUAGAAUAUCAUUUGAUGUUGAGGAUCUUAUAGCUUCUGAUUAAUGAGAUACAAUAGCUGAAGAAAUUAGUAGUUAACAUCUAUAGUAA